AUGAGAAUCGCCGAAAUUUCCACGCCAGACUUCCGCCAAAGCUCCACCGCCAGCGCCGCCGAUUCCUCCAACUACUCUCAUGCUCUCUCCCAAAUUGAAGCCUCAAUUAAAUCCCUCGAACGACACUCUGCUUCACUUCCCUUGGCAGAUUCGUUCUCUUCCGAGCUCCGACUCGUCCUUGCUGAGCUGAGUCAACUCUCUCCUUUCCCCAACUCUACUAAACUCCUCCUCUGGAAACUCAGCUACCGCCUCUGGAAUACCUGUGUUGACCUUUCCAACGCUGCCUAUACCUCCAAUUCUAGCGGAGUUCACAGACUCUCCGAAGAACAUGCCAAGCUCCGGCAAAUCGCCGCCGAUUUUCUCUUCCUGUCUGCUGAUGUCGCAGGGAUACCUUCUCCGGCGAUUAAAGCCGGUUUAUUCUUCUACAAGACAGGUCUUAUAUGGCACGACCUCAAAAAUUUUGAUUUCGCGAACAAUUGCUUCGAGAAGGCUGCUGAUCUUAUCUCAAAAGUUGAGAUUAAUUCAAUCUCCGAUAAUGAUGAACGAAAACUGCUCCUGGAUCUCAAUCUGGCUCGAUCUCGAACCGCUUGGGAAGUUUCUGACCGGAAUUUAUCAAUCGCAUUGUUAAAUCGAUCCAAAAAUGUUUUGUUUGGAACUUCAGAAAAUUACAAAGCUCUAGCUAAUCAGUAUUUGAUGUUCGGAAAAAUAUUGUUGUCCAAUGACGAGGUUUCUGGAUUGAAUGAAGCAUUGAAAUUGAUGUGUGAAGCCCUAGAAUUAUGUGAAAAAGGAUUAAGAAUAGUGAAGAAGACAGAGGAGACAUUACAUUUGAAGGAGUUGAGGUUGAAGAUUUUGAGAUUUAUGGCAGCGGCACAUUUGCAAAGUGAUGAAUUUGAGAAUGUUUUGAAGUGUGUGAAGGUUUUGAGAGAAGGUGUUGGUGGUGCAGACCACCAUCCCAGUUUGAGUGUGUUAGCAAUGAAGGCAUGGUUGGGAAUGGGGAGGUACAAGGAAGCGGAGAAGGAGCUGAGGGGCAUGGUCGUCAAUAACGGGAUACCGGAAGGAGUUUGGGUAUCAGCUGUGGAGUCGUAUUUCCAGGCUGUGGGCACGGCUGGGGCAGAGACUGUUAAGGGAGUGUUUUUGGGGCUAUUGGGACGGUGUCGUGUUAGCCCUGGUGUAGCCAUCAGGGUCGUGAAUAGGGUCGUUGGGGAUGGUCCAGGUGGGACUGAGGGUGCGAAUGUGAGGGCAAAGGUCGUGACUGAGUUAGUUUCUGACGAGAGGGUGGUGGAGCUUUUUAGUGGAGAUGCGGCUGCCAAGGAGAGGACGACAAUGCAUGCUCUUCUUUGGAACUGUGCUGCAGAACAUUUCCGAGCAAAAGAAUAUCAGAUAAGUGCUGAGAUGUUUGAGAAGUCUCUUCUUUAUGGCCCUCACAACAUAGAGAACAGAAUUUUCAGGGCGAAGGGAUUCAGAGUGCUCUGCCUCUGUCACCUUGGCCUCUCCCAGCUAGAUAGAGCUGAAGAGUAUAUCAAUGAGGCUGAAAAGCUGGAACCCAAUAUUGCCAGUGCCUUUCUCAAGUUCAAGAUCUACUUGCAAACGAAGGACCACAACAGUGCUAUUGCUCAGGUGCAAGCAAUGUCAAGUUGUCUUGACUUCACCCCUGAUUUCCUUUCCCUCUCAGCCCAUGAAGCUGUUGCUUGCAGUUCUCUUUCUGCUGCUACUGCCUCUCUAUCCCAUCUCUUGAAUUUCUACUCCUCAGGGAAACCAAUGCCAACCAAUGAAGUUGUAGUUUUCCGCACUUUAGUUACAAUUCUAAUUCAAGAUUCCAGUAACGAUUCUGAUAUCCUCAAGCACUUGAAUAGAGCUUAUCAACGGCUAUCUGAACUUGGACCUGAACUCUUUUUUGGGAAAGGUGAAGUCGGAAGACGAGAAAGGAAUUGGUUUGCAGUGAAUGCAUGGAAUUUUGGAGUUAGAAAUGGGAAGGAGAAAAAAUACAAAUUAUGUGCAGAAUUCUUUAGAUUAGCAUCAGAAUUUUAUGGAAUUGUCAGUGAUGGCGAAGCAAAGGAAAAUAGUACGAUGGUUGGUAAGUCAUUAGUAAUGUCUGUAUCUGCCAUCAUUGCUGAUGAGAGGCUUAGAAAAGCUACGUUGCCGGAAACUGAAACCAAGGAAGCCAUUGAACUGUUAGACCGGGCAAGAAAGAUAUUAAUAUCAAGCUCAGGUAGUAGUGGAAAAGAUGAGGGUCAAAUUGCAGCCAUGGAUCCCAAUAUCUUCCUUAUAUACACUUUGAGUGCCUAUGAUCUGUACUCAAGGUUCAGUGACAAGGGUGCACAACAACUCAUCCUGAUUAAAAACUUAGCAAGCUCAAAAUCUUGCAAUCCCCAACAUUUACUUCAGAUAGGCUUUGAUGCUUCUGAAGGACCAAGAUCCAACCCUGAAGUGGCCACUUUCACCCUACGAACCUGUCUCUCGUCCCUGCUUGCAUCCCCUUCACCAGAUUACCAAAGUGUAGCUCUCAUUCUCAGAAAACUAAUUUCUGUAGCAACUAUCCAUAGAGGUGACAUAGACGAUGAUUCAGUGAUCGAAAUAUAUAGGCAAGCAUAUCGGAUUAUGGUAGGUUUGAAGGAAGGAGACUAUCCCCUAGAAGAAGCGAAAUGGCUUGCCAUGACAGCAUGGAAUCGAGCUGCUCUUCCCGUAAGGCUGGGACAAAUUGAUGUGGCAAAGAAGUGGAUGAAUAUUGGGUUGGAAUUGGCCACAAAGGUUCCCGGCAUGCAAACUUACAAGUCAUGCAUGGAAGAUUAUGUAGCAGGCUUUGAAAAGAAAUUUCGUGGGCAUGAAAAUGGUGAAAGUAGUUCGUUAGUAGUGUCAUGA